AUUUCAAAGUGAUAUAUUAACGUUAAAUUAAAAAAAAGGUAUCCUACUAGGGUUCUAGUUCUAUUUAAAAAUAAAAUUUAAAUAUUUUUAACAAUGCUUCGCUACUGGCUCUGCUUCGCCAGUGCUGUGUAUUUGGCGGGACAGUGCGGGGCGAACUACUGCCGGGACGCCAACCUGUGCUGUCCCGGUCGGGACAGCUCCUGCGUGGUGCAGAAGGCUCAUCAGAACGCGAUUAUCGAAGACCUGACGGAUAAGCCGUGCUAUUGUGACCACGCUUGCUUGAAACUGGGAGACUGUUGUCCGGACUUCAGAGAAACUUGUGGAGUUACCGACUGCGUAGUCUCUGGGUGGGGGGAGUGGUCGGAAUGCGACACGACCUGCGGGUCUGGCAGCAUGGUCCGAAGCAGGCGCGUGGUCCAAGCGCCAGCGCACGGUGGACACCACUGUCCAUCGCUGGUCCAGCGAAGAGCUUGCCAAGCGCAUCACGGCUGCACCGCUGACAGCGACGUGCCUUUACGAGAGGAGUCUGCCAUGAUCCUGCCGGGUGGUUUGUCUGUGAGUCGGCACUCCAAUGAAACAGUGGAUAUCAGGAAGAACUUGCGUUUGCGAAACCCAGACGACCCAGAAUCUAACUCGCAUAGAGAAUAUUGUGUGCAGUACGAAGUAACUAAGGUUUCGAAGGCUUGCCACACCGAUUCUGACUACAAAUCGUUACGAGAAGGCAAUACAGUCUGCGUGAUGUGUGAAACGGCAGCUUUACGACGGGACCUGAAAUGGCGGUGCGCUGGACACGGCCUGGCGGGCCACACAACCAGAUUCUACGCGCUCGUCGUCCCGCACUGCCACGGGAAAUGGGUCCGGGGAAUCGAUAACCCGGACAAGAAGAGCGACUGCUGCACCAACCCGGACUUUAUUUUUGUAUAGAUAAAUAAUUCUAGAUUAAUUCCAGUAACACACUUGUAAUAUUUUAUAACACGCGACGCGUGCUGACUCAAAUCAAAUCUCAGUAAUGUUAAGGAUUUUAACUAAAAGAGAAUAUUUUAUAACUUUCAACGCGUAGGUAUGUUAUAUUGUA